CCGCCUUGGACAAGCGGGUAGUCCGCCGCAGCGUUAGAAUCGGCGUGGCGUUGGUGAUAGUAUUUGUAUUAACUUGGUUAACAGGGACAGUCAGUAGAUAUGGCGGAUGCAUGGAAUGAAUUACAGCAGAUAAAAAAUAAGAGGGUUUCUCUUAGAGAGAAACUAGCUCAAAGGAAGAGAGAAAUGGAAGACAUCCUCAGUUCCACCCAUGAAACGCCUCCCAAAGAUUCUCUGUCAACUCCUCCCAAGGCUGCUAGGACUGUUGGCCCAGAUUUAAUUGUGUCAGCACUAUCUGCUGCAAAGCCCAACAAUGCACCAACAGACUCCUCUCCAGACGUGUCGCGAUCGGCUGAGACGUCGCCGGCUGAGGCCGACGCCACCGAGGUGGAGCAGCAGCUGCUGCGGCUGCUGACGGCAGCGCGCGACCUGCCCGCCGACGGUGUGCAGCUAGCGGCCGAGGUGGCGGCGCGGCUGACCGGUUGCGUCUCGCAGCGUGCCGUCGAUAACGUGCUGCAGAAGCUGGCCGCCCAGGACCUCAUCAGUAUCCGGGAGACGACCCGCGAGGGUCGGCGUCUGCUGGAGGUGUCGGCCGUGGAGCAUGCGCGCCUACAGGUGGUGGUGGCCGAGAGUGGCGGAGGACCGGCCGACGAGCCGCCGCCGCCGCCGCACCAGCCGCCGGCCGCCGGAGACGCGCCAAAAACCGACGAUAUCAUGAAUUUGCUAGCGCUGCCGUCUGCUCGCGAGAAGGAGAACAAGAAGAUGGGCGAGGAGAUCCUGGACCUUCUGUGCAAGCCUACCGUCAAGGAGCGCUCGACGGCCGAGCGGUUCCGCUCGCAGGGUGGCGCUCAGGUACAGGAGUACUGUCGCCACGGCACCCGCGAGGACUGCGACCGGUCCAAUAAGGAGAACGAGAACCCCUGCAGCAAGCUGCACUUCAGGAAGAUCCUGCAAAAGCACACCGACGAGUCCCUUGGAGACUGCUCCUUCCUCAACACCUGCUUUCACAUGGACACGUGCAAGUACGUGCAUUACGAGGUCGACUACUCGGGCCUGGGCCGGCACGGCGCAGAGCCGGCCGAGCAGAGCGCACCGGCCGUGCUGCACGCCGGCGCCGCCGAACGCACCGUCCUCUUCCCGCCGCAGUGGAUCCAGUGUGACCUGCGCUUCUUCGACAUGUCCGUCAUCGGCGAGUGUGCCGUGAUCAUGGCCGACCCGCCCUGGGACAUCCACAUGGAGCUGCCCUACGGCACCAUGGCAGACGACGAGAUGCGUAACCUGGACAUCCCCUCGCUGCAAACCUCGGGCCUCAUCUUCCUCUGGGUGACGGGCAGGGCGAUGGAGCUGGGCCGGGAGUGUCUCUCGCUGUGGGGCUACCAGCGGGUGGACGAGCUCAUCUGGGUCAAGAGCAACCAGCUGCAGCGUAUCAUCCGUACCGGCCGCACCGGCCACUGGCUCAACCACGGCAAGGAGCACUGUCUGGUGGGCAUGAAGGGCGAGCCGCAGUUCCUGAACCGCGGCCUGGACGCCGACGUGCUGGUGGCGGAGGUGCGCGCCACGUCACAUAAGCCCGACGAGAUCUACGGCAUCAUCGAGCGGCUCAGCCCGGGCACCAGGAAGCUGGAGCUCUUCGGCCGGCCGCACAACGCUCAGCCCAACUGGAUCACGCUCGGCAACCAGCUGGACGGCGUCAACCUCAGCGACCCGGAGAUCGUCGAGCGGUUCAAGAAGCGGUACCCAGACGGCGACUGCCUGAAGCCGCCGCCCUGACGUCGCCGGCCGGACGGCAGCGACCUCUUCACUGGGGUGGAGCGCGGGGCCGGC